GAGUGACGCCAUUGCACAACGCUGUGCUGGAGGGCAACUUGGCAGCUGUGAAGCUCCUGGUGCAGCACGGUGCGGAAGUCAACAAGAAGGAUGUGGACACAUGGACACCGCUACACGCUGCCUGCGCCAACGGAGAGGGCGACAUUGCCAGAUAUCUCCUGAGCAAAGGAGCAAGCAAAGACAUCAAAACAAGCGACGGCGAACGACCUCUUGACCUCUGCGACGCACGUGACUUCUCCGUCAUCAGCGUUAUGCUGGAGAGCGACAAAGCACGACGAGCGAAACUCCUCAAGACACGAGAAGACGACGACGAUGACGAUGACAUUGACAAUAACAACGACGAUGAAGACAAUGGCAAUGCUGGCAAAUUGCGAAGCCGUAGCAAAAGAGACGAUAACGAAGACAACGACAACUCCGAUCCAUCAUCAUCAACAACACCACCAACUUUGUCCCUCGGCUCAUCAUCUCAGUCCAAGACUUCUUCUUCUUCAUCAGUCCUCAGCAGACCUCCGAAACCUCCUGGACACUCUAUCCUGAAGAAAAGCCCCCAGAAGUUUAAUUCAGUUGCUGAAUGACAUGGCCGAGAAGGGCAAUCUGUUGAUUUUUUAAAGUGUGUUGUCUUCGAUUUAAACCCCCAGAUGCCCUACUUUGCAUUGUCUUUUUAAAAAUCCUUCUAAUUUUACAAACACAAGCAGGAGAAAUUAUGGUAAGAUUUAUGCUUAGGAGUAAAGCUUACCUUUGUGAGCAAGAGAGCAAGGUGGAACUGGCUUAAACAAAUCUAGUUCCAGCUCAUUGCUGAUAAUUUGCGCGUGAUUGAUGUUGAAAAGGUCAUUGCUUUGCUGGUCUCCAUAAUAAGUAAACCUGAUCGUAAAGUAUGACACGUAUCCGCGCGUGCAAGUUUAAAAUAAAUGCAGGAUUUAACUAUAAAAUAAAACGUGCGACGUAAUGAUUUGAGCAGUGUAUUUGGUGUAGUUUAAGAUUCCCCCCCCCCCAAUUUGAUUUGCUCUUUAUAAAAUAGUAUAGAAUAAUGCUUUAUAUAUUCUUAUACUCAAGGCUUUAAUCUGAAAGAGCCAAGAAGGACUGAGUAACCGCUUCCAGCAGACAGACCCAUAAGUUUAUUCCAAAGGUAAAAGAGUUUGUUUACUUUUCGUUCAUCUGGUUCACCUGUAUGAUUCGUAUGAUGUAAAGGUAGAAUGUUGAAUUCCUAACAAAUGACGAAAUCAUACCCCUCCCCGCCCCCCGUGCAUUCUUUAUAGAGGUCUGCUCGUGUUUUUUUUCUUUUCUUCCUCUUUUAAGCAUUGUACUCAGUGCUGCAUCAACAUCUUCCCCCGAAAUAAACAAACAAAACAAAACAAAACAAAAAAGCAAAACUCUAUAGACACCCUAUAUUCACCCAAUAUGUAGAGUGUGAUAAGCUGCUCAAAAGAUUGUUGUGAUUGAUUGAAAGUUUUUUUUACCUUAAAGAAAACUAGACAAUUAUUUGUAAAUUUGUAAAGUUAUUUUUUCUUUAUAUAAUAUUGACUUUGUAAACAUUUUAUCGAAGAUGAAACUUAAAUUACUAUUUUAGUUAAGAAAAUAAGAAAAAAAACCCCUUAAAAAACAACACCAAAGCACUAACACAUACCAUCUGUCGCAUUGACAUGCGUGACACUCUAACACAAGUGUUAAGCCAUCGUAUGAAAUAAAUUUUGUCGCUUGAGGAAAAGAGUUGAAUGGAAAUGAUUCAGUUUCUUUGCGCGACGCUGGCCAACUGUCCAUUUUUCACAGUCAUUGAACAGUGUGCGGAGACCUAUGACCCGGUACACCGUCUUGGUCUUUGAGGUGAUGCCUCUCUUCUUGCCCCAUAGAUUCCUUGUGGAGUCUGCCGAAGACGGCACAAAGUUCAGCAAACCGGACAUUCACCUCAUCAUUGAUGAAAACGAUUCUGGACAGAGUGUUGCGCUGGUAAUGAACUUGUACACAGCAUUUUGUUGAUGUCCAGUGAUGGUGACAACUGGUUCAAUAUGCCUAUCCUUUGGCUGGCUGGUGCAUAGCUUCAAUCUUUUUCGUACUGUUUGUCAGAUGGACGUACACUGUAGUUGUAGGCAGCAGAGAAUUCUUCAACACUAUGUUGCAUUCUGAUUUUGAGACAGCGGUGAGGGCACAGUCGUCCGCGAUGAGAAAUUCGUUGUUUCCAUUUUGAUCUUUGUUUUCGCUUGAAGUCUUCUAAGAUUGAAGAUUGGUCCAUCUGUCCGGUACGUGAUGCCUUCGUCUAUCUCAACGUCAUUGAGUGCAUUAGUCAGCAUAGCCGCGAACUUGAGGCUGAACAGGAUGAGAGUAAGAAUACUACCCUGCUUCAUUCCGUUUGGGACUGAGAAUGGUUCAAGUGUCUCGCUAUUACUAUUAGCUUGGACUCUGGCCAGCAUGCAGCCAGGAAGUUGACGUACGAUGGAAUGUAACUCGCUGAGGCAUCCGUACUCUGUCAUGAUUCUACAAAGACUGCCCCCACCGACAGCGUCAAAGGCUUUGGUCAGAUCAAUACAGGUGGUGUACACCUAAUACUUUUCUGCCUGAAAGCAGACACCAUGUCGAUGGCCCUGCGUUCUUUCUGGAAGCCGCAUUGACUCUCAGGUAGUACACUUUGCUCAAGAUAUGUAAUGAUCCGGCUGAGUAUAGGCGAGCCUGACGGUUUCCUCCGCGUUUGAAAAGAUGAAGAAUGGAGGCAUCUUUAAGGUCUCGUGCUGCCAUAGAUAGAAGCUGAUUAUACGCUUAUCCAUCAGAGCUGCACCGCCCUCUUUGUAGAUUUCAGCUUCGAUGGCGUCGCAGUCAGGCUCUUUGUCUCUGGAUAACAGACAAAUUGCUUUUAAAGUCUCCUCCAAAAUUAGUACAGUGUCCAUUGCCUCAUUUCUUUCUGCAAAGCCCCGAAUCCCAUCAGCUUUGUUGCUCAACCAGGAGUAUCGCAUCUGUCGCAGUUUUUGCUGAAUGGCUCUGAGGAUAUUUCUCAGCAUUUUGUUCUCUGAUAUUGACCGUGGGUCGUCAAUGGGCACUUUGUAGGCAUAGCAAUUUCCCGAAAUUUCAGUGCAGUUCCCAUCGAACUAGCACUGUACUUCCUAGUUGUGGGUUUUAUACUCUUUGGCUGUGCUGUGCUCUGUCUACCGAGGUGCGGCAUGUUGCUUCCAUGUCAUCGUCAUUCAGCAUGGUGGAUUCUAAACAGCGAUGCUAAUGUCAUACAUGUAUCUGGAAAGUUCAUUUGCAAUGAGGUAUUACGUGUCUCUGGGGUCUAUUCGAUGCAUCCGCAUUUAUGAGCGUGCGAAGUUUUGUACGCGUUGCUAGGUUCAGAGGAGUAAUUCUCGUUUUUCUCACAUUCUUGUUUUCACAGCAGUAAUAAGACCCCUGUCAGCCGCAGUAUGCAGGAUCGGGUCAUGUGGAGCAGCCAGUUUUAGGGCACCUUUUCUAUCCCCUUCUUCAUUCCAUGGAGAUGAGCAGUGCUAUUCUAAAAGGGCAGCUCAGUUGAUCGGAGAGCUGUUCACUACCACUGGUGCUGCAGUUCAAUGACAGCCGACCAUAAUUUGGCUUAAGACACAUCUGUGCAGUUUGCGGCUACGACUUCCAGUGUGUAACCAUACCUAUUGCUUCGUCGUUCGCUCCACCAACACAUGGCUAUUGGUGGUAGAGAUGAGAUGUGGUGAGUAAUGACUGAUGACAUGCGUGGUGACUUUGUUUAAAAUGAAGUAUAGUUGCGUGAUGUCCACCACACUCUCUCGUCUCAGACCAUCUUUAUUCAAUGGCAAGGUAUGGUCGAGACAGUUGGAGAUGGAGACGAAUGUAAUGGAUGAGCUAGAUGUUUUUCGUGCCACAUUUAGCUAUGAGCACUUCAUGGUGCAUUGCAUGGUACAUGACAUAGUGAUGUAUAAGGCGCUAUUGUAAACACGAAUCACAUGUAAGUUUCUAUUUUUUAUUCUGUUAUGUUAUCUUAUUCAAAUGUGGCAUGUAAAGAAAGAACCAAGGGUCUGAAAGAAUCUUGGUAUAUAAAAUGUAUAUUAUAGACUAUUAAAAAAAAAAAUUCAGGCAUUGCAGAGGAGGGUCCCGCAUUUUAUUAAAUUUAAUUGUCGUUGAAAGCGUAAUCAUACUUAUUGGUGUCAUUUUGUUUGAUAUCUGGUCAUCCAUUUCUUUGAAUUAAAUCAUGUUUUGUUAUAUUAUGAGUGUUUUGUUAUGUAGAAUAAAGACUGCUUAUCUUGCA